AUGGACAAGAGGGCGAGCGGUCGCAGGUCGGGCAGGCGGAGGAAGUCGCAGAAAUCCACAGAUUCCCCAGGCGCAGACACUGUGCCACCGGAGAGUGCAGCGCGGGACGACGCGGUGUUCGACGACGAGGUGGCGCCAAACCCCGCCACCGAGAACGUCUCUACGGAAAAGAAAGUGAAAUCUCCGCGGGCCGCCCCGGACGGGGGCGUUGCCACCGCGCCGAGCCCCGGCCCCAAAGCGCAACCACGAGGGGAAUCGGAGCGCAGCAAACAACCGCUCCCGGCCACGUCCCCCACCAAGAGGAAGGGCAGGAGCCGCGUCCCCGAGGCUGUGCCCAGUCCGCCCGCCGGCCCUCCGCGGGCCCCCGCCAAGGAGUCCCCACCCAAGAGGGCGUCGGCGCCGGACACCGGCCCCGCAGCCAAGGGCGGCGCGGAAGAGGCGGCCCGGGUCAUCCCGCGCGAGCUCACGGUCAAGAGCAGCUCGCUGCUGCCGGAGAUUAAGCCCGAGCACAAGAGGGGCCCGCUCCCCAACCACUUCGACGGCCGAAGCAAAGAGCUGGGCAGGUCGGCCGGACCUUCCGACGAAGCUCUGAAGCCCAGGAACCACUUCGGUGUGGGCAGGUCGACCGUGACCACUAAAGUGACCCUCCCUGCCAGACCCAAACAUGUGGAACUAAAUCUUAAAACUCCUAAGAAUCCUGACAGUUUGGGAAGUGAGCAUAAUUCGUUUAGCCAGCCAGUUCAUAAGGGAAACACUGCCACCAAAAUCUCCUUAUUUGAAAACAAACGGGUGAACAAUAGCCCCAGACACCCUGACAUUCGUGGCACAAGGAACACUCCUCCCUCCAGUAAGACAUUUGUUGGAAGGGCAAAGCUGAAUUUAGCCAAAAAAGCCAAGGAGAUGGAGCAACCUGAAAAGAAAGCAGGGCCAAAUGGCCAGCAAAAUGGUGCGCCCAUGAAGGAAGCCUCUGCAGAAACCACAGCUCCUGUUCCUGGAGAGGACGGUGUCCCAGUGGCUGGAGGAGCAGGAGAAGAGCCCACCGAGGGCCAUGCUCUGGGUCCUCAGCCUAGCUCCUCUGAUAAAGCAGAUGUGCAAACAGAUGCUGGCUGUCCUUCAGAAUCAGUGGUCACUGCUCCGUUUCUCAUCAAGGACCAUGAGCUCUUAGGAGAGGACGACUCAGAGGCUGCUGACAGCAAAAGACUUGUACUUGAAAAUGGCAUUGAUAUAGCACAUGUCUCCACCAUUCUUGACACCAAAGAUUCACCUCCAAAGCCGCAGGAUUCAUUUUCUGACUCACAGCCCCCAAGUGAGUCAUGUAGGGGACCUCCUCUUGCACAGCCUGCACCCCUCCCUGUGGACACUCCCCAAGACAGCUGUGCUCAAGUUCCCAUAAACAGCCUUCCAUGCACUGAUCUCAAAGUGUCAGAAAACCACAAUGGGUGUAUUUUGCUGGAGUCACAUCACACUGAGAAAGUGCCACUGUCCAAACGUGAGGGAGAAGCAAACUCUCCUUUGUCCCUAGAGCCCACCCCAGAAUCUGCGGGAGAUAAGUGUCCAUCCAAAGUCCUUGUCCAAGUCAGGUCCUUUGUGCUUCCUGUAGAGAGCACCCAGGACGUGAAUGUCCAGAUCUCAGAGAGCUCUGAAGUUAGAGAAGUGCAGUUGCCAAGUUGUCACAAUAAUGAACUUGAAGUGGUUUCUGUUGCAAGUUGUGCUCCCCAGGAAGAGGAAGUGCUGGGUAAUAAGAGCACAUCACCCAAAGACACUCAUUGCAAAGAGGAACCUGUGGCAGAGUCUAGCCCAAACAUCAUGCCACCAGGCUCUGAGAAAGCUCUGUCCACCCCGACUCAAAGUGAGAGUGGCAGAACCUCGCUGCCAGCUGAGUCCAGCCCCACCAGCUCUCGCAGCAAUAGAGAUCAUCCAGAAACUCCUCAAAGGCCAAAUCAAAAUGGUGUGAAUGGUCAGGUUAGCCCUGCUUGGCUUGUGAAUGUUUCUGCCGGUAGUGAUGAUAGCGCAUUUGAUUCUUCCUCCGACAUGGAAAAAUUCACGGAAAUUAUAAAAAAGAUGGACAGUGCCAUUUGUGUGCCACAGAAGAAGAAGAAGGCCAGGAUGCCCAACUCUCCUACCCCUCACUUUGUCAUGCCUCCCAUUCAUGAGGACAAUUUAGAAAAGGUGUUGGAUCCCAACGUGUUCACCUUUGGUUUGGGGAAGAAGAAGGAAAGCCAGCCAGAAAUGUCACCGGCUUUACACUUGAUGGAGAACCUUGACCCCAAAUCUAAACUGAGACCCAAACGUGCGUCCACCGAGCAGAGUAUCCUCUUUAAGUCCCUGCACUCUAACAUGAGUGGGAAAAGCGAAUCUCAGGCCACUCCAGCAGUAAAUGACAAGGAGAACAGGGAUGUCCCCAAUGGUGGAAUUAAGAGGUCAAGGCUAGAAAAAAGUGCUCUUUUCUCAAGCAUGUUGUCAUCCUUACCACAAGACAAAGUCUUUUCUCCCUCUGUGACGUCAGUCAAUACUAUGACCACAUCUUUCGGCACUUCUCACAACGGUUCUCUAUCUCAGUCUUCAGUGGUACAGCCCAGGUCUGAGGGUGCCCCGCCCUGUGGUUCAGACAAAGAACAGUCACUUCUCUCGCCCCACAGCUCCUUAAAGGUCUUCAAUUUCAACUCGUCAAACACAUCUCAUUCAGGUUUGAAAACUCCAAGCCACAUGGAGAAAUAUCCUCCCAAAGAGGAAACCAAAGAAGAUCUGAAUUCACGAAGCAAUCUACACUUGCCAGAAACGAAAUUUUCCAAACUGAAGAACAGUGAUGAUGUGGAAAAGGCUAACCACGUUGAAAGCAUUCUUAAGUCAAAUUUCCCAAACCACGGAAACAGUGACACCGACUUUGUGGGUCUUUUCACAUCAAGCCGGUAUGACCCAGGCAUUUCUUUUUCUGGAAUGUCAUUAUCAGAUCCAGUGACACUUAGAGGGACUGUGCAAAAUAAACUCAAUCCUCGACCUGGAAAGGUACUGAUAUUCAGUGAACCCGAUGUCUCUGAGGAGUGCAUUGAAAUUUUCAGUGACCUUCAGGAUUGCAGUGCUUGGAGCCUCUCUCCAGUGGUACUCAUAAAAGUUGUUAGAGGAUGUUGGAUUUUGUAUGAGAAACCAAAUUUUGAAGGGCACUCCAUCCCCUUAGAGGAAGGUGAAUUGGAGCUGUCUGGUCUCUGGGGUGUGGAGGAUGUUUUGGAAGGAAACAAGGCAGAUGAAUCUGAUAAGCCUGUAGUGAUUGGUUCUAUCAGACAUGUGGUCCAGGAUUACAGGAUUAGUCAAAUUGACUUAUUUACUGAACCAGAAGGGUUAGGACUCCUAAAUUCCUACUUUGAUGACACUGAGGAAAUGCAGGGGUUUGGUGUAAUGCAGAAGACUUGUUCCAUUAAAGUGCACUGGGGCACAUGGCUGAUUUAUGAAGAACCUGGAUUUCAAGGUAUCCCUUUUAUCCUGGAGCCCGGUGAAUAUCCUGACUUAUCCUUCUGGGAUACUGAAGAAGCGUACAUUGGAUCCAUGCGGCCUCUGAAAAUGGGUGGCCGGAAAGUUGAAUUCCCAACAGAUCCAAAGGUAGUUAUUUAUGAAAAGCCUUUGUUUGAAGGGAAAUGCGUGGAACUGGAAACAGAUAUGUGUAGUUUUAUCGCGGAGGGAGGAGAGACAGAAGAAACCAGUAGAGAGGGUCAUUUGCCCUUCACGGCAGUGGGGUCUAUGAAAGUUCUAAGAGGCAUUUGGGUUGCCUACGAGAAGCCUGGCUUUAGCGGUCAUCAGUAUUUGCUAGAAGAAGGAGAAUACAAAGACUGGAGAGACUGGGGAGGUUACGGCGGAGAACUGCAGUCUUUGCGCCCUGUAUUAGGUGACUUUUCAAACGCCCACAUGAUAAUGUACACUGAGAAAAACUUUGGAUCCAAAGGUUCCAGUAUUGAUGUGUUAGGAAUUGUUGCUGACCUGAAGGACACCGGCUAUGGAGCAAAGACACAGUCUAUUAAUGUGCUGAGUGGCGUAUGGGUAGCCUAUGAAAAUCCUGACUUCACAGGAGAGCAGUAUGUUCUGGAUAAAGGCUUUUACACCAGUUUUGAGGACUGGGGAGGCAAAAAUUGUAAGAUCUCUUCUGUUCAGCCAUAUGAUUCCUUCACUGGUCCAAGGAGACGAAAUCAGAUUCACUUGUUUUCAGAACCACGGUUUCAAGGUCAAAGUCAACGUUUUGAAGAGACAACAAGUCAAAUUGAUGAUUCAUUUUCAACUAAGUCUUGCAGGGUCUUGGGAGGCAGCUGGGUUGCGUAUGAUGGAGAAAAUUUCACUGGCAAUCAGUACGUGCUGGAAGAAGGUCACUAUCCCUGUCUCUCUGCAAUGGGAUGCCUGCCUGGAGCAACUUUCAAGUCUCUUCGUUUCAUACAUGUUGAAUUUUCUGAGCCAAUAAUUAUUCUUUUUGAAAGAGAAAACUUCAAAGGAAAAAAGAUUGAACUUAAUGCUGAAAUAGUUAACCUUCAGUCACUGGGAUUCAACACACAGAUCCGUUCCGUCCAGGUUAUUGGUGGCAUAUGGAUUACAUAUGAGUUUGGCAAUUACAGAGGUCGGCAGUUCCUGCUGUCACCUGCAGAAGUGCCUAACUGGUAUGAAUUCAGUGGCUGUCGGCAAAUAGGUUCUCUGCGACCCUUUGCUCAGAAACGAAUUUUCUUCAGACUUCGAAACAAAGCAACAGGGUUGUUUAUGUCAACCAAUGGAAACUUGGAGGAUCUGAAGCUUCUUAGAGUACAGGUCAUGGAAGAUGUUGGUGCUGAUGACCAGGUUUGGAUUUACCAAGAAGGAUGCAUCAAAUGCAGGAUAGCAGAAGAUUGCUGCCUGACGAUUGUGGGCAGUCUAGUAACAUCUGGCUCUAAACUGGGCCUGGCACUUGACCAAAAUGUUGACUGUCAGUUCUGGUGUAUGAAGUCAGAUGGAAGGAUCUACAGCAAGUUGAAGCCAAAUUUAGUCUUGGAUAUCAAAGGUAAGGGUAAUUUCCUUCAUUGUAAUGUGUCUGUAGUUAAGGAAAAAUCCGUUCCUUACUUGUGAAAAUGACUAUAUUAUUAACAGUGUAAUAAUUAUUAUGUGAUUAACCGUGAGAGCCUCUACUAUGUACUCGUGCGAUCCUCAGAUUAAUCCUGAAAGUUUGUUACCCCUCGUCCCUCCGCUCUCCUUUCCAAUUUUAUAGCCAAAAGACCCUGACACACAGAGGGGUUAAUCAUUUCAUUCAUGAUAGUUUACCUGCAGUGGAAGUGCUUAGCUUGAAUUUGGACACCUGGCUGAUUUCUGACCUUUUCUUUUCUUUUUUUGGUGCUGGGAAUUGAACCCUGGGCCUGGCACAUGCUAAGCAUGUGAUCUAUCGCUGAGCUGCAUCUCCAGCUGUUUUUAGAAUAGUGUUAGUCUAAACUAACAAGUUAAAUGACUGCGAUUUCGCCUAAUCACUAUAGUUGAUGAUUUUCAUGCGUGUACAUGGAGCCUUUCAUUGAAAAGAUCUAAGCUCUAAAAGGAAUUAAUGUGUUCAGUGAAGCUAAUCCUGAGUGAACUGACGGUGCAAGGGAAGCAUAAGCUGGGCCAGCGGUCCUUAAACUUUAUUUGCAGCAGAGUCGCUAGAGGGCUUGUUAAAACAGAAGAUGAUGGGCCUACCCCUUGGAGUACCUGAUUCAGGAGGUCUGGAGUGGGGUCCAAGAGCUUUUCUAACAAGUUCUAGGUGCUGAUGCUGCUGGUCUGAGAACCACAAAAAGAGAACCAUUGAUGGUAGUUUAAAAACUGACUCUAACCUCUUCGGGGGAAUUCAAUAAGCUAGUCUUUUUGCCAGCUCACUCGCAGAGUUUGUUGAUGUCAUCGGGGCUGAUGUUCUUUUAAGUUAUUAAUGACACUUUUCUAUUCCCUAUCAGGAGAGCCAGCAUGAUUAUGCUUUGUAACACAGUGAGCCAUACCAAACCUCCUACUCUAUUGUAAAUCAUUGCUAGGAGUUGGCUCUAUUUUACUUUAAUCGGGGCUCUAAGCCAAUGCAGCAGUCUUUACAAAUUAAGAGGUAAAGAAAUAGCUAAAGUCUGCUUCUUAAGACACUUCUGGAUAAUGGAAAGUAAAGCCAGAUUUUUACCAGGUGUGCCUUUGUUUGCGAUCUCCGGAUAGGUAGAAUAGCCAACCCACUUACCAAUGGGCCGAGAAUCACAAAGAACUCGAGAAGUUUGGUGCUCAGAGGUACACAAGCUAAGGUACAUGAAAGCAGAGGCAGAGUGCAACUUUACAGGGAGCGCAGAUUAAGCAAUGCGAGUAGGCUGGAUGAGGACCAAACAAUUCAUAUAAAAUGUAAGUAGGAUGCUUAGAUACAAGAAAAUAAUCCUAACAUUCAGAAAAUGAACAGAGAUAUACAGCAUUAUUUCCCGCACAUUACAAAAUACCCACUUUACAGAUAUUCAGCCUGAAGUUGAAGCAGGUUGAGUCACUGACCCAGGCCUUUCUUUAUUCUUAUUUUGACCAACUUUGUGGCACUGGGGCUUCGUUCUAUAAAAGAUAGUAAAAUCCCCAGAGAAGACAAAGAAAUAUGACUAAAUUGGAAAAGUGGAAUUUUUGAGGAAUAUUUAGUUCCAAAAGGAAGACUGAGCAAACUGUGUUUCUUACUGAUGGGAUUAGUUUUCUAUGUCCAGGGUUAAGGUCACUGUCUUUCUUAGAGCAUUUCUUCUUUUAUUCCUUCAGCAGACUUCUUUGGUCCCCCGCAACAUAGCAUGCUCUGUGCUACAACACUGGGCAUCCAAAGUGAGAGAAAUAACUUGGCUUUACUACCUCUAGGUCCCUCCUUAGCACUUCACUUAAAGCUCCAAAGCUCCUCCCUAAAAUGCAUUAUGUAUUAGUCACGUGCCUCUUGAGUAAAGGAGUGCCCUUAAUUUUUGUGAACUCCUUGUGUCUAUUGUGGCAGUUACAAUAGUUAAUUUCUUGUUCCUUUGAGUUUGUUUCUUAGAAUGUGGGUGAAUGAUGCCACCUUCUGGACACGAGAGAGCAGGGCCACACAGCUGCAUCCUGUGCAAGGGAAAUAACUCACACCUCUCCUAUCUGCUGCACUUAAUAGGAACCCAGAGUUUCCAUGAGCUCCACCAGAACCAUUGGUUACCUACUAAAACUGCCAUAAGAUCUAUUAAGUCAAGUGUCUUUCUUCUCUCCUUGUAUUUGGGAAGUAAGUUGUGGUAGACAUUCAAAUAUUAUCCCAGACCAUCUUAAAACAGUGGAAACUGAUCCAUGCUCACUUUUAAAAGCAUCACAAGUCUGGCAGGAUUGUACUAAGCAAAUGAAUCAAGGAAUUAUGUAAAUCACAAAAAUUGAAAAUGAACCAAAGUGAAGAGUAACUUCCAGGCAGUAGCUUGCUUUCUCUCUUCUCUUUUCUUAGGUAGAGUUUCACUGUGUGACCCAGGCUGGCCUCAGACAUGAUCCUGGAACUGCCUCAGUUCCAGGUGCUAGAGUGACAGGCCCCCACCAGGCAGUAUCUUUCUAUUGUAACCUGUUACUUAAGGGUAUAUGAUUUCUUUUAAAUAAGAUGUAAAAUUUGUUCCAAAUUACUUUUUCUCAGUCCUACUUGCCAAGAACUCAAAUGUGACUGACACAUAGCACUCUUUCCCAAGUAUACUGGCAGAUGUAUGUGACUUCAGAAUACACAGGUGACAUAGAUAUGAAAGGGCCACUGCUGGAUUCAUUUACACUGUUCAUACUUUCUUGACCAGACCUUGAGGGAAAGUCAGUUUAAAAAACAAACCUACAGCCAGCAUUAUACUUAACGGAGAAAAAUUAAAACCAUUCCCUCUAAAAUCAGGAACCAGACAAG